CGUGUUGCUAUGAUUUAAACCAUAAAAAAGCCAAGAAACUCACCAACCCAUUCCCUAUAAAAACCCUCUCUUAUUCUUCUCAAACAUCAUCAUUCACACACGAAACCAAAGUGAUUAAGAGUAUUAGUAACCAGAAGUCAUUUUCCAACUUCCAAAUGGCUUCCAAGGUUGCUAUAAUCCUUGCCCUAAACAUCCUCUUUUUCACUGCUGUAACCUCCAACUAUGUUCCAUGUCCUCCACCACCCCCAACAGCUGACAAUCACCACCACUCACAUCCAAAGAACCCAACAUGUCCUAGAGACACAAUUAAGUUUGGUGUCUGUGCUGAUAUAUUAGGUUUGAUUAAUGUUCAACUUGGUAAACCACCAAAGACACCAUGCUGUUCUCUCAUCGACGGUCUUGCUAAUCUUGAAGCUGCUGUCUGUCUUUGCACUGCUCUUAAGGCUAAUGUCUUAGGCAUUAACCUUAAUCUUCCUAUUAAUUUGAGUUUGAUCCUUAAUUACUGUGGAAAGGGAGUUCCAAAGAAGUUCGUUUGCGCUUAAUUAAGAGACACUGCUACUGCUGUGUCACUAUAUAUUCGUUAUUUUUCAUAUGUGUGUGAAUUUUGUACUCUUUUUGGUACAUUUUCUCUCACACUAUUUAUUUGUUUUUGCCAAUGAACAUUUCGUUCAUACUUGAUUAUUGUUGUGAUGAACUUUGUCUUCCUUUUCAGCCUCACUAUUAUUAUGAAUAUAUUGUAUUUUGUACUAUUCCAUCUAAGUGAUAUUUCUUGUAUUAAUACAAAAUUUACGUAUAA